UCAAGACGUUUCAGCAGAUUAUACAAAAAUUUCAGCGCCUGAACGUUACUACUUCCGGUUCACUUGACGCAACGUCUGUGUACCCUCGCCAGACUUGCAGUUCUUUCUCUUCUCCUAACUAAACUAGCUCAUUCAAAGCGUUCUCAUCGGUUAAGUACCCAGUUUGACAUUAGAGUGAUUACAUUUAAUUGUGUAGGAGGCUUCUCGACUUGUCUUAAAAAUGCGGCAAAAUACUACUGACUGAAGGCCAACGCAAUCUCGAAUAUCAAGUCAAAGAUGUGAAGAUGAGUCGAGGAAAUCCAGGCCAUGACGAGGUACUGAAAAACGAAAAAAUGAGGUGUCCCAAGGACUUCACUGUAGAAGAUCAUCAUCCUGAGAACCACGAUCCCCUCUACGUUAAACAGGAGGAGGAGUCGGAGAUGCCGUACAUCAAACAGGAGGCGGAGCCAGAGACCUCCUACAUUAAAGAAGAAGAACAGGAGGAUGAAAUCACCAAAUUGACAAUGAGUUUCAGUGUGAAGAGCGAAGAAGACAAAGGUCCAAAUGAAGAGAGUGAAGCAGCGAAACCUUCAAGCGGCGGCUCACUUCAACAACUGACAACAAAUGGAGAGGGACGAUCACAACCGGACGGCCUGUUAGCUCCGCUUUCGGACAGCGACGACGUAACGUCACACUCUUCUGACUUUAACACUGAUGAUGAUGACUUUGGCCCAAAUGCUUCGAAAUCCUUAAAAAACUCCUCAUUGAGAAGAGACGCAAAAGAAUGUCCAUGUGGAAAACCAUUUGCCUGCGCACUCUGCGACAAAAGAUUUUCCCAGAAGACUGAUUUAGAAAAGCAUCAGCGUAUACACACUGGAGAAAAGCCUUUUGUCUGCACAUGUUGUGGUAAAAGAUUCACCCAGAAGGGAAAUUUAAGCAAACACACAAGCACACACACUGGAGAGACGCCUUUCGCCUGCUGCUUUUGUGAGAAAAGAUUUCGAUGGAAGUCUCAGUUGACAAAACACAUGUGUACACACCCUGGAGAGAAGUCUUUUGCCUGCUCACUUUGUGAUGAAAAAUUUCCCCAGAAGACUGAUUUAGAAAAGCAUCAGCGUACACACACUAGAAAAAAGCCUUUUGUCUGCACAUGUUGUGGUAAACCUUUCACCGAGAAGGGCAAAUUGAAAAAACACACUGGAGAGAGACCUUUUGCCUGCACACUUUGCGACAAAAGAUUUUCAAAGAAGACUGAGUUAGAAAAACAUAAGCGUAUACACACUGGAGAAAAGCCUUUUGUCUGCACGUGUUGUGGUAAAAGAUUCACUGAGAGGGGAAAUUUAAACAAACACACAAGCACACACACUGGAGAGAAGCCUUUCGCCUGCACACUUUGCGACAAGAGAUUUUCUCAGAAAAUUCAGUUAGAAAGACACACGCGUAUACACACUGGAGAAAAGCCUUUUGUCUGCACAUUUUGUGGUAAAAGAUUCACACAGAAGGGAAAUUUAAGCAAACACACAAGCACACACACCGGAGAGAAGCCUUUUGCCUGCUCACAUUGUGAUGAAAAAUUUUCUCAGAAGACUCAUUUGGAAAAGCAUCAGCGUACACACACUAGAGAAAAGCCUUUUCUCUGCACAUGUUGUGGUAAACCAUUCACCAAGAAGGGAAAAUUGAACAAGCACACGGGAGAGAGACCUUUUGCCUGCACACUUUGCAAAAAAAGACUUUUAAAGAAAUCUGAGUUAGAAAAGCAUCAAGGCUGGAAUACACCAGGCGUGUCUGUGGUGCGUCAGCGUUGCCGCCGCGUCGACGCAGUGAAACGCGGCCGUUAAAGUCAAGCAGCGAGUGUACACCAGUCGUGAAGCGGCUGCGUCUCAGAUGCGUCCCAGAGGCUGUUGAACUCAUCGCACUCGAAACGAACAGCAGUUUAAUAUUUGUCGCGAGACACAAGCCUCCUGUGUCAAUACUACUAAGUAGGAUUGGGCAGACGGGAAGUCACUCAUGUAAAAAUAAGGUGGAUCCGGUUGAUUUUCAAAAUAAUAUGCAAAUAAUUUAAUUCAUUUCUGCGUGGAGCUAUGACUUGGGAAAAUUCAUCAAUUAAGCUUUUAAAACCAUAAGAGAAAAAAAAUGAUUAAUUGAGGCGUUUCAUUUGUAAAAUACAUGUUACAGAACAAUAUUUGUCAUUGCAAUAGUUUUUCUCUUUAGCACAGAACUUGUUUUCUUCUUUUGUUUCAGAAAGAAAGUUAACCAAUAGGCGCGUCUGAAAGGCAAAUGGUUGUUGUAUUAUUAUCUAUAAACACCCGCUACUCUCAUGCGAUCUUGCAAUCCUCACGUGAACCAAUCGAGCCGCUCCACAGACGCUCUGCUUGUAAAAUGCGUCCUAUGGAAAUUGAGGACGAGCGUCAGUGUUGUAUUGACGAGCCGGCAACACUGACACGCUGCAGACGUGCCUGGUGUAUCACCGGGGUAAGCGUAUAUAUGGUAGAUAAAACCCUUUUGUCUGCACAUGUAGUGGUAUAAUAUUUAGCGAAGACGGACAUUUAAGCAAACAAAAGCACGCACACUAGAGCAAAGCCUUUUUCUCUGGUCAGUUUGUCAUCAAGGAUUUUCAGAAGAGAACCUUAAACUGACAAGUGCACACAAACUGGAGGGAACCCUUUUGUUGGCUCACUUUGUGGUAAAAGAUUCGCUCAGACGAGACAUUUGCUAGGUUCAUACUGCAGGUCUUAAUGCACAAAUCCAAUUUUUAGUCAUCUGUUUUUUUGGCUAGCCUGUUCAGACUGUCUUUGUCCAUUUAGCCCAUUCAAGUAUUACGCAUGCGCAGUAAUUCGCAGUCUAACAUGCGCUGAGCAAGAUGACCCACAUGCGCAGAAGCAUCAAAACAAAUGACUAUGAACUAUCAUUCCAGGGUGAUCAUAUUUUGAUUUUCAAAAAAGGGACAAAAAUAAAACAUUAAUCAUCUCCGUUUAGUCUUGUAUUCAAAGUUUAUAUGGAUUGACAGAAUGCAUGCAUGCGUUCUCAACUUCAUUGGCUUCCAGUUAAAAAAAAAAAUCGCACCAUUUUUAAAGCUAUUCACGGCCUGGCCACACUCUACAUUUCGGAUUUUGUUUGCACUAGCACUCCUCGCCGAUCACUUCGCUCCUCUUCUACCCUCCACCUUUUUGUCCCCUGUGCCCGUUUUACUACCUCGGGUUUGUUGGUGUCAAAGGCCAAUUGGCACUUUUGUUGUGUAUUUUAAAUUUAACUAUAAAAUUGAAUGACCUUUUCUAUUGACAAAUUAUUGUUUAUUUAUGGAUGUUUUGACUUGUGCUGCGCGUAUUUAAACGAUCACGUACUAUCCGGUUGUCAAUCAUCGCCAUCAAGACAGCCAUGUCUCGUUCAGUGCAGGAGCUGGUAAGACUGCUUCCCUGUUGAGUCUGAACUGUAUCAAUCCUUCGCUUUGACACACAACACAUGCAAACUGUUUCCAGGUAGACCCUGGGUUGCAAAGUACCCGACAUAUGCGAUUUCGACUUUACGGCAACUGAGUCUCGUCUUUUUUUUUUUUUUUUAACAUUGACUUUUGUUUUGUGAAGCAUGCUUUUAUUUUGGCACAGGAAGCGAGCGCAUGUACAGACGCACCCACCCCACACAUGCACACACAGAGCAGCCGAGUGACAGAGGUGACAGCCUGCGUACACAUUUUUUGCCUGUGAAGCAUCCAUAGGCGACGGCUGUAUAUAUCCCUAUUGUACUGUUUAUUGUGAGUUUUCAAUUGUGGUCGGAUACUUGGGGUGAGUUUUUGUCAUUGUAAUGAUGUGCGGACGCUCACUGAUACAUGCUAAUAGUUUGUUAUUGCUGUAUCAGCAGGUACUUGUAAACACAAAUUUGAAUAGCUGUUAUUUAACAUUAGACUUAUUUUAUUUUAGUUUCAUUUUG